AAAUCCAAGGGUGCUCUUUUGUUUCUAAUCAGUCGCUGUACAAUACAUCUUGUAAAUAGCCUAACUAAUAUUAUUAGGUAAUGGGUGGACAGUAACCGGAAACUAUCUAGAAACUUGUGUUCAAAUGAUUAUAUAAGACUAGCCAAUAUUCUAGAGAAUUUAAUAUGGCUGCUAGAGGUAAAAAAGUUUUUAGUCCAAAUGACCCAGCAAGAUUCAAAGAAGGCAACCUGUCCUUUAAAGCAAAGCUGAUAGGCAUAGAGGAUGUGCCUGAGGCACGAGGGGACCAGAUGUGCCAGGAGACCAUUACCAAGCUCAAGAACUCAGUCAAGAUCUCGGGACAGCAUAAACAGAAGAUAUUCAUCAACAUCACCCUAGAAGGGCUGAAAAUUGUUGAUGCCAUUUCCCUGGCCUCUCUCAGUAAAAAAAAAACAGAUCCUAAAGUUUCAAAAUCAUCCGAGCACAUUGAACAGGCUGAGAAGGAGCAAGACUUGAUAAUUCUACACACACACGCAGUCCAUCGCAUCUCAUUCAUCUCUCGAGACACCACAGAUAACCGAGCCUUUGGCUACAUCUACGGCGAGGGAGAUGGAACGCACAAGUUCUUUGCUAUUAAAACAGCAGCUGCAGCUGAGCAGGUAGUGCUGGCCCUCAGGGACCUGUUUCAAGUGGUUUAUGAAAUGAAGAAGAAAGAAAUUGAUGAGGCUAAAGAGAAACUAGAGGAAAACUCACAGCCCACGGGGGAUGGGUCGACCUCGGGGACUGGACAGGCCCCAGCGGAGAAAGCGAAUGCUGAUGCAGAAAACAUCUAUCAGGUGCCAACUAACAACGCGCCAGUUAAUCCACCAACUGAAGCGGAGCAGGUGGCUAACUUACUCGACCUUGAAGACCAGACUGAUCAUAUCCUUAAAGGCAUAGAACAAAUUAAAAACUUGGAGUUUGACUCUGUAACAAGUGAUCCACUGUUUGCACCUGCCCCCCAGACUUCUGCCAGUGUAACAUCCCCAACAUCUGUAGGAAGUGCUUCAUUAGUUGACCCAUGGGGGCUGUCUGAGACUGUACCCACACAGAAAGCUGCUCCUGCACCAAGUUCCUCAGCUCUGGGAGAUUUGGCUGGGCUACAGACCACUUCUUUCAACAGUCAGCCAUCUUUCCCAACUUCACCAUUCUCCAUACAACCAGGUUUCCUUGGAGCCCCGAGUUUUAGCAUGAUGGGAGGUAGUCUACCUGUAAACCGUGACCCAUUUAGCAGCGAUCCAUUUGGUGCUGGGACUCAGCAGCGAAUGCCAGCGCCACAAACCUUCGGAGCUCCGAACCCUUUUGCGUCUGCUGGAUUUGGAGCCCAGUUUGGCAUGCCAGCUACAGGGCCCCAGCCUUUAGCAGCUGGGAUGAUGCCUGGAAUGGUGCCCCAUGGUUUCAUGGCCUCGCCUGGGAUGGUUGCCAGUGGCAUCCCUCCCAUGGGGGCAGUGCGGAACCCAUUUGCCCCUCAGCAGUUUGCCAGUCCUCCUAUGGGGAACCUGUUUGGUGAGGACGAACCAAAUCUGCUGAAGCCAAUCAAAAAGGAUAGUGCAGAGGCCAGCGCUGAGCAGGCACCAGCUCCUAAAACCACACGAGAUGAUCUUUUUGGGGAUCUGGUGGAUAUAAAAAAAUCUUCCCCGGCUGCCGCAGCUCCCAAAUCUGCCAAAGAUUUGUUUGCCCAGUCCGGGGUGGCAGAAAAAAAAUCUCUGAAUGAGCUCAAGUCUACCCCAAAGAUGGCCCAACAGGCAAGUGAUGCUGCUUUUGACCUUUUUGGAGAAUCAACACCCAAUGUGGCAGAUAAGACACAAGAUCAAAUUCUCUCCACAAAUGGAGCAGAUGAUCUUUUCAAUUUGCCACAUCCAUCUCUACAAGUGGGUUCACCAUCCCAGCUACACCCUGCUUCACCCCCGCCUGUGCCACAAAGACACCCUUCCCCACAAGUUCCUGAAGACCCUCAGAUGCCAGAAGAACCGCCGCCGCCUCUACCCGAGCUUUCACUUCCUCCACAAGCCACUCCACCAGUCCCCAGCAGAGCCAGGAUCCCCUCAGAUACUCUACCUCAGCUGCCGCUCCAGCAAGCCACCACAACCUGUUUGCUACCCUCACCUGAAGAACCUCCCCCUCCCCUUCCUUCUCAUGUCAAUUCACUUGCUCCCCCACCACCUCCCCCUCGCCCAACCACUCAUUCAUCGCUAUCAUCCCCCACAGAACAGAAUGUAUUAACCCUCAACACAGGAGACUAUGAGUCCCAGCUCAGUGAUAAAUGUAGUCCCAUAUCAUCCAGCAGUAUUGACAGUUUUGAUGAGCACUUUCAUAAAGCUUCCAUUACAGACUCCACAUUUCCCAGUCAUAGCCCAUCCUUCAGCCCAGACUUCCCUGCAUCAUAUCAUAAUCAUUUUCAUGGCGACCCUUUUGCUUCACAAACCUUUGACAAUGACUUCAGCUGUAAAAAUAAUGUACAUAUCAAUGAAACCGGUGAAUCUCCUUUUAAGAAAUUAGAUAGUGGUAUAGAAAUAAAUGAUGAACUCUUUUCCAACGUGUCAUUUUCAAAAGAUGAGGAUCCUUUUAUCAUGCCAUUUCACUUAACACCCGGCUUUAAAGCAGUUGCCAAAUUUGGCAGUGAUCCUUUUGAUGAUAGUUUCCAGAGUUGUCCAACUGAAAAAUGGGAUCCUUUUGGUGCACCAUGGCCAGAUAAUUCAGUGACAACUGUUGGUGCACCAUGGCCAGAUAAUUCAGUGACAACUGUUGGUGCACCAUGGCCAGAUAAUUCAGUGACAACUGUUGGUGCACCAUGGCCAGAUAAUUCUGUGCAACCCGCUGAUGUGCCAAGCUCACCCUUUGAUGCUUUUGGUGCCCUGCCACAGCCCUCCAGUGGAAUACCAAGUCCUGCGUUCAAUGCCUUUGGCGCCACACCACCUCCUGCGAAUGGAUCAAACAGCGACUCUCUCCUAGAUUAAAAUAUGAACUUGUCAUGCAACCACCCUAGGGCAGUUUAUCCAGGAGCUGUGGUUUAGUAUUAUACCUUGUAGUUUUGCCAUUGUCAAGAUAGCUGUUGUUUUACUAACUUGUCAAAGCUGAUCCUUGUGUUGUAAUGUCUUUUCCAUAUUUAUUGGGAAUUUGAAUCCCACACAGCAGAUGUUUAUUUUAGCAUUUAAGUUCCAUUUGUCUUCCCAUGAAAUAUUUGUCUACCAUACACUUUGUCUUCCUGAAAAUUGUUAUAAGUGUUGCUGAAAUGUAUAAUACUAUAGCUAAAUGGGUUUUUUCUAAAUGCUUUAACAUUAUAUAUAAUUAACUAUUUUUUAAUACUUAGUAUCCUUUUACAUAAUGAAAUCACUUUUAAUUUAAUAAAAUAAAAUUUUAAUUUAUUGUUUUGCUGUCUGCAUAAUAAAAUACAUGUGAGUUGAGAAAUAAACUUGAACUUAAGCAUAAUAAAGUUUUUGCUAGAAAUAUUGGGUGUCAAUUCAAACUCUUGAAAAAUAUUAAAAAGAGCUCUAUCUUUUUUAAUAGUUAAACCAAAAUAUUUUCUUUUUUAGAAAACAUUAGUAUCCAUUAUGCAGUAUUAUUUUGAAAUUUAUAAUGAAACCCAUUUCAAUUGACUUAUGCACACAUUUGUAUUGUUAAACAAAAAGCUAUUUUUUAAAAAUGUUUCCUAUCUAUGAUAAUGAUAUUCUUUUAUACUUAUAAUAAUAGCUGACAUUUGAAAAUCAAAUCACUGUAUUUUAGUUAUACCAUUUGUCGGUUUAGUAUAGUAGACCUACAUUAGAUGCUAUAUCCUUGGAAAAUCUGCAAACUAUGUUCCCUUUUACAGAUUUAUAAAGAACUACAAGGAGGAAAAGUCCAGUGUUUUUUUUUAUCAAUAUGCUAUCAUUUAUCAGGUUACAUUGGAAAAUUGGUCCCACUAUGUUCAGUGGCCUCCAUGUUCAGGCUAUAACCAUUAUUGUUUUAAAGUGACCAUAGUAUGAAAAGGAUACACAAAUGACUGUGGUAGUGGAAAAAAAUUUCCUUUAUAUACUCUAAUAAUACAUGGUAUUGAGAUUUAAUAUGUGCAAUAAAUGUCGCUGUUCUCUACAUUUUUAGUAAAAUACAAAAUAGUAAGCGUUUUUUUGUUUGAAUACAAGUUUACUGUCUACAAAUGACUAAGCAUAAGAAAAAAAAGGCUAAAAUCCAGCAGCACAGAUGAGGCUUUACAUUAUUUUAUAAACUUUAAUAUUGAUCUUGCAUUUGCCAGAUCAGUUUUAAAUAAUAUUGUAACUGGUUAUUUUAAUUACCUUGAAAAACCAGGUUUUAUCUGAAAAUUUAUUAUCACAAUUUUAAUAUGCACAAUAUUAUGUUGCACUUGUAAUGUUACUGCACUUUGUUAAUGUAUUAGCUCAGUUAUUGGUGCAGUAAAGCUUUGUUCUCGCU